GUUCUUGCCUCCAUCUGCUUUCUCGUUAAUAGUUCACACCAAAAACACUCAAGCUGCCGUCGCCGUCGCUUAAACCGUCGUUGCCGUUCAUCUCCGCCGCUUAAAUCUCCGUCGCGUUCAUCUCCAUCUACGCUUCUGAAUCUCAAUUUGAAAGGUUUUUGAAGCUGUUGUCAACAACUAUGGAUCCCGCCGCUGCAACGGCGUCACUACCAGACGCUUUUCUUCACUUCUUAGAAUCCAACGGAAUCGAUCCAUCCAUUUACACUUCAAUUGAUUCCACUCCAAGAUACAUUCGGUUAAAACCUGGUUUCGAAUAUUGCAUUGAAGAAGUUGAAUCAGAAGUUAAAUGUAAACCCGAGAAAUUGGAAUGGUUGUUAGGGUUUUACAGUCUUCCACCGAAUAUUCAAAUUGCUAGCUCUAAGGCAUACCAAGAAGGAAAGAUAUAUGGAAUUGAUGCAUCUUCUGGAGCUGCUGUUAUGGCUUUAGGUAUAGAACCAGGGGAUCAUGUGUUGGACCUAUGUGCUGCUCCUGGUGCUAAACUUUGUAUGAUACUAGACCUUCUUGGUGAUUCGGGCUCUGUAACUGGAGUUGAUGCCGCAAAGCAUCGUUUGGCAGCGUGUAGAACAAUGCUGCAGAAAUAUAAACUGGGUGAUCGAUGCAGGCUUUUUGUUGCUGAUGGAACAACAUUUUCGGUUAUUCCUGAUGGAUUUCGUUCCGACUCUGAAUCAUGUGAGUCAAGAUUGGAAGAAAGAACGGAUGUGUUCAAGGAGUGGACUUCUAGAAGACCAUGGAAAGAGAGGAAACAAGCAAAGAAGUGUGGCACUCCACAAGUGGUGUCUAAGUCUCAGCCUCCUGAACUCAUAUAUUACGGACGGCAUUCUGGAGUUAUUGGUCUUACUAAAGGAGAAUUAUAUAAGACUGUAUCUGAAAAUGAUAUUGCAAGCUAUGGCUAUGAUAAAGUCCUUGUGGAUGCAGAAUGUACUCAUGAUGGUUCAGUUAAACAUAUUCAGAAGUUCGAACAUUGGGGCUGGAUAACUCUUCAACGUCGUGUGCUGGAUGCUGAGAGGACGGAUAAUUUACAUGUUCUUCAGCUGAAUCUUCUGACCAAUGGUUUCAGACUACUAAAAGUUGGAGGAUCACUCGUCUAUAGCACUUGCAGCUUAACAGUUGCUCAAAAUGAAGAUGUGGUGGAACAGUUCUUGAAGGAAAAUAUAACUGCUGAGUUGACAGAGAUAGAUGCUGCCAGAAAUUGGCCUUGCAAGGGUGGUCACAUACCAAAAACAUGGCGAUUCGACCCAUUAACUUCACAAACUAGUGGACUCUUUGUGGCAAAGUUCAGAAAAGUAGUCAUUUGAUCUUCUUGUUGGGCGCCCUUUUUUAGAUCCUUAUUAGGGUGUCCCUUGUUAUGUCCUUGCAGUUUUUUUUCCAAUAGCCAAAUAGUUUUAGAUGUACUCUAGGUAUAUUAGAAGGGUUCAUACAACAGAUAUUUUGUUAUUAUUCUUUAAAUAUAAAUUAUUGUGAUCCUUGGAUAAGUGACGGUGUAAUGCUAGGAAUAUUUGAUAUAGUAAUAGAAUUAUGGUAGGAAUCAUUGCUUUGUAUAUGCCUUGUCUUUAAGAUAUGAUUUGAGCAACCAGAAUACAAAAACCUUAGCCUCAUUCUACUGCACAUAAGACAUCAAGAUCAUCUAUUCCUCAUCCAAUUCAGCAUAGUUUUCCCCAUUGUUAGGACAUUCAUACUUGUAAUGAUCAAGCUUAUGGCACUUGUAAGAUUCCACCGUAGCCUUUAUGAAGUUUUGGCGUCUAUUGAUAUGCAUUUCUUCACAUGCGACUUUUAUAUGACUUAUUUACCA